AUGUCAAACGCUCAGGAGGGUUCAGCACCUUCGAAUGGUCUGUUAAAUGGUUCUUCUCAAAGAAGACCCUCGUCGGGAUCCUCAAAAUCAGCAGCGAGCAGUGUUGAAACGACAAUUACCAAGCUGUUGAUGUCAACGAAGCAACUUCUGCAGACUUUAACCCAGUGGUCAAGAAGAUCAGUGAACGAGAAAAUGGUCUCUGAUGCAUACGUUCAGCUUGGCAACGACUUCAAAGUAGUUUCAAAAGUGUUCAGUCAUUGUGGUGUUGAUGUAUCAGACCUCGGAGAUGUUCCAAUGGAUUUACGUCGAGUGCUGGAAGCUGCCUUGAGGGAAAAGCCAUCGGAUGAUAAUCUAAAUAAAUAUUUGCCAACUAUAAGAGAGAUUAUCGUAACUUUGUUAGAUAAGCUGAAAGUGAAACAGGCGCUACUGAAAUCAAUCAAACAAGAUCAAAUGAUGAGGAAAAGCCAGCAUCAGCAGCGCCCUUCUGUGGUCAGUAGCCUUUCACUAUCUUCUGUUUCCUCUCCCAUAGUGAAGGUUGCUACAGAAACGGCAAUUCCUUCUCAGAAGCCUGUUACUCCAAGCUUUGCAGCAGUGGACAAUAAUUCAGGUGUUCAAAAUGAACCAAAAGAGCGUUUUUUGAGUCCUAAUCCACAAAAUCAAGUACGCACGUUAUCUGAGGAUGAAGCGCUCUCACAGUUGAAGAAGAGUUCAAACUUGCAGAGGCGUGCAUCAAAGAGGUUUUCUGCGUAUCAUAUGGCUAAGCUGACAAAUCAAUCUACAACUGAAGCAGCCGCUGCUGCUGCACUUGCUUCUGGUCCCUCUCUAUCUGCAUCAAUUCCAACUUCGAUUCCUCUUAGCGUUGCAACAGCUCAAGGUUUCUCACGCAACGAUUCUAGAUCUCCUGGUAGCAAUAAAGAGAUUGCCUCUACAAAGUUCAGCGACCCCAAGGAGUCUUCAGAAGUAACGGCAUAUACUUUAUUUCUGAAAAUGAAUGGUAGGGUAAAAAAAUGUAUUGUUGCUAAGCCGCUGAAUAUCAAUGUCUUACGUCUUCUUUUCGUUGAGAAGUUUGCAUACUCCCCCGGUAAAAACUCAUUUCCACAUAUGUAUAUGAAGGAUCCAGCAUAUUCCGUAUAUUAUGAAUUAGAUGAUCAGGGUAUUAACGAGGUGUGUAGUGGGUCAAUCAUUGAAUUACGGGAGAAGGGCGGUAACAAUCCCAUGACUGACUUUUCAGGAAUCAUUGAGGCUUUUAAAAAGGAGGUUUCAAAGAGUCAAGAGGACAUCCUAAACCAUAUCAGCCUUUUGAAUGACAAAUGCCAAAAGUUUCAGUUGCCUUCCACCUUUGAAAAACAGUCGCAAGUUUCAUCAGAGUCAAAUAGCAAACCUUUUAAUGUAGUGGAGGUGAAGCAAGAGCUUUCGAAAUUGAGACAAGUGCAGAACGAAAACAAGAAACUUGUCAACUCAACUCUUGCUACCGUACUUGCUAAACUGUCGGAGUUUAGAAAUGCCUCUCUGGAAUCCCCCAAUUCCUGCAGCAAAACGUAUAUUGAAAAGUCUCAGAACAAGCUAAGCGAAGUUUCAGAUGGGUUGUUGAGUCGUGUCGAUGAUUUACAGGACCUGGUCGAAAUCCUGCGUAAGGACGUUGCGAAUCGUGGGGCAAGGCCGUCGAAGAAAAAGCUUCAAUCGCUACUUAAAGAGCUAACAUCUGCCCAAGAUGGCGUAAAAAAAAUGGAAGAAUAUAUAGGAACAGAAAAACCUCGCUGGAAGGCAAUUUGGGAAAAAGAGCUGGACAAAGUUUGCGAGGAGCAACAAUUCCUAACCCUUCAAGAAGACCUCGCCAUAGAUUUGGCGGAAGAUGUGGGUAAAGCUUUGGAAACCUUCAGCUUGGUAAAUCUCUGCUGUGUGGAACAAGAGAAAAAUCCUGAGAGAGGAAAGUCAAAUCCAAUACUACCAAUUCCAAGACCUGGUGAACUCAAAGUGGCAAGAGAACAGCUUUUGAUGGACGUUCAAUCAUUGCAUCCGGAUCAUGAGGGGAGGAAAGAAGCUCUAGCAAAGGCAGAAAAACUGUGGGAAAAGGAAAGGAAAUAUAGAGAUAAUGAUGAAUUUGAGGAUGAACUUGAGACUUUUGUUGGCAAUGCCAGUUUCAAGCGCUCCGGGGGGGUAGAGGAGGUUGAACGAUUGAGACAAGAAAAGGAUAAAGAAAACCUGCGAGCGAAUUUUGGCCCUCCUAUUUUUUAA